GCCGGAAGUUCGUUCUCCCGGCCCGGCUUCACUGGGUGCUGGCGGAGAGGCUCCGCGCUUUCCUCCGCCCCGCAGAGCCGUGAUGGACGAUCCCGGUGAGUCGUCCCCGGAGAAGGCAGGAGAGGGCUCCGCGUCGGACGAGGUGCCUGUCGUUGCAGCUGCCGCCACCCCUGAGCCGGUCCCGGGAGCUGCCCAGCUUCCCGACGCGGCCCCGGAGGACACAGACGGCGAAGAGAACGGAGACUCCAAGGAGGCUUCGGCCGAAGACGCCGAGCUCAAGGGCCAGGAAGCGUCGGAUUUCAUUGGGGCUGGAAGGGAAGACUCGUUACUUCCUCCUGCGGCCAAGAAGAUGAAGAUCGAGACGAAAGAGAGGAAAGAGAAAGAGCACAAAGUAGACGAGGACGAAAUUCAGAAGAUGCAGAUCCUGGUUUCUUCCUUUUCCGAAGAGCAGCUAAAUCGCUAUGAAAUGUACCGUCGGUCCGCCUUCCCCAAGGCCGCCAUCAAACGGCUCAUCCAGUCCAUCACGGGCACCUCGGUGUCUCAGAAUGUCGUCAUUGCGAUGUCAGGCAUCUCCAAGGUUUUCGUCGGGGAAGUGGUGGAAGAAGCUUUGGAUGUGUGCGAGAAAUGGGGAGAGCUGCCCCCGCUGCAGCCCAAACACAUGCGGGAGGCUGUCCGAAGGCUGAAGUCGAGGGGGCAGAUUCCCAACUCAAAGCACAAAAAAAUCAUCUUUCACUAGUUCCGGGGAGACUCCCCGUUUCCUCCCACCGAGGCUUUGUGCACUGUUGCUUGGCUGUCCCAGUCCCGUAAGGAUACCGUGAUGGAACAUCCGCCCUCAAAUCAAAGUUACCCAGUAGAGGAGCAGCAGACACUUUCUUUGCCUUCCAUCGAUGUAGGACCGUUUAGUUCAGGUUAUGAAUGGUGAUAACUCUUACUUUGCUAACUGAAAAGGGGGACCUGUCCUUAUUUAUAGACUCCUUGUACAAAUUGUCAGAGUACUGUUUUCAAAUGGGUAAAAUUCUUCUAAGGAGCAAUCUUCUUUGAUUAAUCUCAAGAGUACUUUUAUUUUGCAAGUUUCACAUUGGGACCCUAAACUGCUGCCAUCUGGGCCUCCUAUCUGGUUUGAAGUUGCUAACAAGCCAGAAAUCUGUAACUUGUAAAAUUUGAUAGUUUGAUUUACAAUGUUAGCAAAUGGUGAAAUGUUAGAAUAGUUUUAUUCCCUUGUAAAAAUUAAACAUUAUCAUGUGGUUGUUUUUGGUGUAUGCUCAUUAAACUUUUUUUUUUU